AUGGUCGAUCUCACCCUGUUAAGUGCCAUCUUAUUCGUUCUUCCUCCGAUAAACUCGUUGAGCCCUCAUCCAAAAUUGUUACUCAUAUCAAUGGACGGUUUCCGAAACGAUUUAGUUACACAUGAUUUGGUUCCAAAUAUAUAUGCAUGGGCUUCUAGAAAUCUUCGGUUCACAAAAGGCGUGAGACCACAGUAUGUUAGCUAUACAGCACCAAACCAUUUGAGCAUGACUACAGGUCUGUACGAAGAAAGCCACGGUAUCGUCUCAAAUUUUUUCUAUGAACUCGAUGAAGCGUCACAUACACUCAAAUCAUAUGAUUAUUGGAAUUAUACGGAAGUACCGGGAAUAAUCGAGGAAUCUGAGAAGGAGUCAUGGUAUUUUGGAGAACCAAUCUGGAUCACAAACGAAAAGACAUGGACAAGAUACCAAAAAUCCGAAGAAUGGAUAGACGAUAUUAACACAAUCAUUGAGCUUUUCACGAGAAAUGAGGAUCCCGUAAACUUCCUUGCAUGGUACAUUGAUGAACCUGACACUACUUUGCAUAAGCACGGUUUUACUGAUGGUGUAUACUUAAAAACUCUGGCCAAACUCGACGAAGUUUUCGAGCGGCUCAUUGACCAGCUGAACAAGCAUAAUCUUAUCAAUGAAAUCAAUGUCAUACUAACAGCAGACCACGGGCACGCACAGAUCAAAGGCAUCAAUAAUAUAUUAUGCGUGAAGGACUACGUCGACUCCACUCGUAUAAAAUUUGGCUUAAACUUAAUUUACACUGCUGAUGCGGCCCUCGCUUAUGAAGUGUAUAACAAUUUAACCGAAGCUGUGCGUGACAACAACUUGAAAAUAAAUGUCUACAUGAGAAAUGACUUUCCGGACAAACAUUUCUACAAAGGAAGGCUGUCAAGAAUUGGUGAAGUGAUCCUCGAAGCUGAAGUCGGAUAUGAAGUCGAUUUCUAUUGUACCAAAGAAGAGCUAAACAAAAAAUACGAUUAUGGAGCUAUAAAGCUGAACAAAUCAACGCACGGUCAGGAUCCACAUAGAACUGAAAUGCAUGCGGUGCUUAUUAUUGGUGGCCCCAAAGUCAUCAACUACUAUGAAACCCUGUUUUUCCCGUUUGUAUUAAAGUGCGGUAAACGCAAUGCUACAAUCGAUAUGAUUGCUCCAACAAAGCUAGCUAGCUGA